AUGUCAGGGCAGAGAAGGUCAAGAUCAGCUUCAAUGUUCACAGAGAAUGAGAUCAAUGAUCUUGUGUUAAGGUUACAAGUUCUGCUGCCACAGAUGAACCAAAGAGGCAACUCAAAGCAAUCAGCGUCCAAGAUCUUGCAGGAAACCUGUUGUCACAUUAGGAGGCUGCAGAAAGAGGUGGAAGAGCUCAGUGAGAGGCUAUCAGAACUGAUGGAUUCUGUUGAUAUCAGUGAUAUUGACCGAAGAACUUUACAAAACUUUCUGCGACAAUAA